GCCGCAUGGCGGGAAUUCGAGGCUGUUGGCAGAACCGCAACCUGCUAGACCUUCGCCUACUCACUGGGUGGGAGUUGUUGGUCGAUCAACAAUUAACACGAGCCCUUGAUUCUCCGCCGGGAAACAGAGCGAGCCGUGAGGCGUUUGAGAAAGCCAUGGACCGCGCCAAGAUCAACAACUUUCUGGAGAACAUGUACGCCUCUGGGCUGGCGGCACAGAAGACCGUCGUUGAUCCCGAGACACUGGUGCUGAGCCAGUCUGAGACGCCCGUGGUGCUACCGAUGCCGCACCACUCUCACCUUGGUGCCGAUGGUUCGCCCGUCGUUCAGGCGGGAACUGUCGUGGACCGUGGGGCUGCCGGUGGGAGCAAGGCCCCUGCUGCUACUGUGUAGUAAAGAGAGAGAAUGCCCGCUAACCGGCGUGGGUCGCAGAAGGAGAAAAUGGUGUCGCCGGCUGAAACAGUCACCGUUGCGGUGUCUGAGCCGCAGAGGGGAUCGAGGCCUGCCACCGCUGGAUCCACACGGGUGGUGCUUCAGAGGAAGCGUCGCCAAAAUGACUCCGGUGGAGAGGAGGACGACGCGGAGACCAUCGGGGCCCGCCAGCAGAAGAGGGUAAAACAGGCAUCGCCCAAGGUGGCCGUAGUCACCGACGGGGAGGUGCAAGCGAGCGAUCUGGACUCGUUUGUCGCGUAUGCAGAGUUCCUGACCGAUCAAGAGCGGGAAUUUCUUUUCCACCUCUGCGAGCGGCUGGGGUUUGGCGGCCUAGAGGGGAUUGUGCGCUCAACCGCCGUUGAUCAAUCGCCCUUCAGCUCGGCCUUUGGACAUCUCUCGGUUGGGCUGCAUGAGAUGUUCCUGGCGACGUCUAAACAGCCCCGGGUUGAGCGGGAGCUAAGGGGGCAGAUGACUGAUCUUCAGAGGGAGCUGGGGGAGGCCCAGGACAAGCUGGCGGAGGUGCAACAGCGGUUGACCAAGGCCGAGUGUGACAAGGCGGAUGCUCGCGGCCAGUUGAAUGUCGCCAUUGCUCGGGACAUUGAGCGGAACAACCGUGUGGCUGAGCUGGAUCAAAACAUAGCUCUGUUGAAGGAUCAGCUGGCGGCGAAGGUCAAGAAGAUCGAGAUCCUUCUGCGGGACUCUGCCUCCAAGUCAGCGGAGGUGAAGCGGCUGGCUGAUGAGGUUGCCCAGCGGGAAACAAAGAGAAGCCAAGUGGAGGCCGCCGCCGUGAAGGCGUUUAAGCAGUCGGCGGAAUACAAAAAGGCGAUGACUGAAGCGGCGAAGGCCGGUGCCGUUGCCAACGUGGAACUGCUGAACCAGAAGGGCGCCAUCGACUGGGUCAAGGCGUCCCAGCCCACUGGGCCGUCAGGUCAAAACUCACCGCCCGCGAAGGGUGUGGUUCCCGUUCAGGCCGAGGGUGCCAGCUCAGGUAGCGGAGAGAGCGGUGUGCGUCCGGUGGAUGACUCUCAGCGGACCCCACCUCCUACUCAGUUCGAGGUCUCCCGUACUGGCUUUCUGGCCGCCCACACUCGAACAGAUGGUACCAUUAUAACACCAAGUCCUACCGCUCGUGGGUCCGAUCAGACGAGCCGUUUGGCUGAGCAACAGCCGCCACCAGAGGAUGAGGAAGUCGCCGCCGCUCCCGAGAAUCCUUGAAGAUCCCCAUAGUUAUGUAGUGCCGC